GCUUGUGAUUUGUUUGAAAGCUCCAUUGUUGAUAAUUUUUUCAUAAUUCUGGUUUUAAUUCGCAAAAUAAUUAUAAUUGCCAAUAAUUCUGGCAAUGGCCGCCGCCACGCUGAGUGGCCACGAGCCAAAUGCCACCGACUGGCAUCUGUGGUGCCGGCUCUGUGCCAAGGACGACCUGCAGGGAAACAUCAACGUGUUCCUGAAGCACGAGCAUGCUGGCGGUCCUGGAGAUGGCUCCGGCAACGAUCUGGCCCUAGCCACAGCCAUUGGCAAGUACUUUUGGGUGGAUAUAACGCGUAACGAGGAGCUGCCCAAGAUGAUCUGCACGGAAUGCCUCACGCUGGUCACAACUUUGGUCAACUUCUCGGAGCGGAUAAGCCGUGUGCAGAAGCUCUACUGCAUUCUCCAGGCCAGCGACAAGCAGGAACAGAUAAAUCUGCAGGAGUUGCGUUCUAAGUUUGGCCUGCUCGAGGAGGAACCAGAGAGCCUCACAGAAGUCCACUAUGUGGAGGAGAAACCCAAGCUGUGCGUCCAGGGCGAUCUGCUCAUAGAAGAGGCUUCUUUCGAGCUGAAGAACCCGCUAAAUGAGACGGCGGAUGAUCAGGAAGAGGAGGAGCAUGAGGAAGCAACAAGUAGAAGCGAGGAGAACGAACCUGAAGAGGAGGACCAGGAAGGGGAGGAGGAGCAGGAGUACGAUGGAGAUGCAGUGCUACUGAAUCUGUGCGAUGCCUAUGGCAUUACCGAUGAAAAUUCCUCACGCGACAGCCAUAAAUGCCCACCAAAACGGAGCAAAUCGAAAGAGGACCCCGACAAGGCGCAUCAGUGCAGCGUCUGUACGCGAGCGUAUGCCAGGGCCAGCACGCUGAACCGCCACAUGCGGCAGGACCAUGACCGGAUCUACGAGCCCAAUUUGCUGGCCUGCGAGGAGUGCCCGAAGAAGUUUCGCACUCGCUACCAGCUGGAGCGGCACAGCCAGGGCCAUCUGCCGAUGCCCAAGCGCAAAGUGUAUCCGUGUGCCAGCUGCGACAAGAUGUUUGCCAGCAAUGCCUCCGCCCUGCAGCAUGCCCAGUACAUGCACUUGGACGAGCGGCCGCGUCCCGUCAUCUGUGAGCAGUGCGGCGUGCGCGUCACGUCCAUCAGCAACCUCAAGGUGCACGUACUCACCCACACGGACGACGCGCCCUUCGAGUGUGAUGUGUGCAAGAAGUGCUUCAAGAGCGCCAGCCGACUGAAGCACCACAAGGAGACGCACGAUCCGCACAAGUACAUCUGUCCCGAGUGCGGCAUGCAGCUGAACUCUCGCACCACCCUCAACCGGCAUCGUCUGGUGCACACGGAUCAGAUGCAGCACAAGUGCGACUACUGUGGCAGGGAGUUUAAGCGCGCCAAGGCGCUCAAGAAUCACCUUAUACUGCACACGGGCCUUAAGCCGUACUCCUGUGACUUCUGCGAUCGCACCUUUGCCAAUGGCUCGAACUGCCGCACGCACAAGAAAAAGUCACAUCCCGAGGAGUUGGCAGCCCAGGAGGCGGCGGGCGGUGGCAAGACAUGCAAUCGGAAUAUACCCAAACUAGAGGCGCUCAAAGCUUUCACGAAGAACAAGGAUAAUUUAUCGCCCGUGGCCACCAAGCAGAGCGGUUGCUUUGCCUUUGGCAAGAAGCCUAAGCCGCUGAUCAAAGAGGAUGUUAGUCCUAUGCCUGCGGCAGAGCCUACGGCAGAGCCUGUGGCUGCAGUCAAACCCAACUCAACGGCCAUACCCACGAUAGAUACUAUUUAUAAUCAUAUUAUGAUUGAUUACCAUUAAAUUUGUAUACGUUUA